CACAUAGUGUAUACAUAAAAAGUUGAAAUAAAAAGUAAAGAAAUUUCUGCACUUAAGAAGUUAAAAUUUAAUAGUGACAUUUUAAAGUCAUUAUUAUUAAAGUUGAGAAGAUUUGUCACAUUUGGGUUUUUUAAUCAUAAUGGUUUGAAAUUGUGAUCUAAGACAUUAUUGCGCGGUAACUAUCAAAAUUAAUGAAAAUUUUGAAUAGUAUUUUAAAUCUUAGAUAAACAUUUAUGAAUUACUUACUAAAGUUCUUGUGUAAACAUUUAUAAAUAUUUGGCAAGAGUCAUAAUAAUUGUGAGAAGUUAACACUUCUAUGUGUUUAUAUGACUGUUAAAAAAAAUCAAUAAUUAAAAAAAGUAUUCACUUAUAAAACACAGUGAUCAUUAAUCAUUAAAAGCAUAUUGAAUUUAGUUACUUUAGGGAAUUGCAUUUAACUUGGCUUAUAGUAUGAACAUAUUUAACAAAGUUUGUCAAAUCAGCUGGUUAAAGUGGAUAAAAAGUUUUUUCCCCAUUCUGAUAUGGCUUCCACAAUAUAACCUUCAAAAAUUAAGAAAAGAUAUUGUUGCUGGAAUAACAGUAGGAGUAAUGGUUAUUCCACAAAGUAUGGCAUUUGCAAACUUAGCAAAUCUUUCUUCUGAGUAUGGUUUGUAUGCAUCUUUUACUCCUGGUAUUAUUUAUUGUAUCUUUGGCACAUCACGGCAUAUUAAUAUAGGACCAACAGUGACAAUGGCAUUAUUUUCAACAAGAUUUAAUCCAACUUUUCAUCCAAUUGGGGCUUCUUUUCUUGGACUACUUACUGGAUUUGCUUUGGUUAUCAUGGCAAUUUUUAGACUGGCAUUUGUGACCAAGUUUUUUCCACAUCAUGUGAUCAGUGCCUUUGUAUCUGCUACAUCUAUUAUAGCUGUCAUCACACAACUUUCUAGUUUGUUUGGAAUUAAGGAUGCUCCUUCAAAUGCUUUUUUAAUUAUAGCACAUAUAUUCAAAAAAAUAAAAUUAACAAAUAUUUGGGAUUUAAGUUUAGGCUUAUCUUCUAUUUUGUUUCUUUUCUUUUUUAUGUGGUUGUCUAAGAGGAAUCUAUUUUCAAAUUCAAAAAGCUACAUUAAUGUUAAAGCUUUAUUAAAAAAGAUAAUAUGGUUUUUUUGUGCAUCUCGUAUGGCUCUUCUUUGUCUCUGUGCUACGACUGUUGUGUAUAUAUUCCAUUUAAAAAAAAUUUCGCAUAAAUUUUCUCUUGGCAAAAAAAUUCCUUCUGGACUUCCACGUGUUCAGAUACCAUUUCAAUCUGUUGAUAUUAACAACAAGACAGUUACUGCAUCUGACUUUCUUGAUAGUUUUGGGACAUCUAUUAUAGUGCUACCAAUUGUUCAGUUUAUAUUUCAAAUUUCCAUUGGAAAAUCAUUUGCUCGUAAAUUUAAUUACAAAAUUGAUUCAACUCAGGAGUUGAUUGCUUUGGGCCUUUCAAAUUCUAUUGGUUCCUUUUUUGGAGCAUGGCCUGUAUGUGCAAGUUUUUCACGUUCAGCUGUAAAUGCAAUGUGUGGUGCUGAAACUCCUUUUGCAGGUGUAUUUUCCAGUCUUGUAGUUCUACUUGCAAUGGAGUUUUUAACACCUGUGUUUUAUUUUAUACCUAAGUCUGCAUUAGCAGCAAUGAUUAUCAUGGCAGUAAUAUUGAUGAUUGAACCCCAUGUGCCAAGAAGUAUUUGGAAACUAAAUAAGUUGGAUUUACUACCAUACUUUGUUGCAUUUGGUGCAAGCUUUUAUUAUUUAGAAGCCGGUCUUUUAUCUGGAACAGCAGUUUCAUUGCUCAUAAUUUUAUAUAAGGAGGCUAAACCACGGCAUGUCGUAAAAAAUAGUUCAUUAAAAAGAUCCGUAACACUACUAUAUAACUCUAAUUUAACAUAUCCAGGUGUGGAGUCUUUAGGUGAAAAUAUUUAUUCUAUCAUUAGAAAUCAGAAAUAUAUAAAGUCAUUAAAGUUGGAUAUGUCUAACUCGAGCCAACUAGAUUACUCAGCACUGAAAGACAUGAAAUCUCUUCAAUCUGAACUUUCUGAAAUUUCUGUUACUCUUGGCUUUACAAACUUUUCGUGCGAAUACAUAAAAGCGCAAUUUAUAAAAGCAGGCUUGAUUCCUGCACAUAUUGAAGCUGUUGAAAAUAAUGAUGAGGAUGAUGGUGAUGUGACAGAACAAUUUUCUGAAUCAAUCCAGAAUAAAAAUUUUGAAACAAAUGCUUUGAUUACAAAUUCAGAUAUAAAGGUUACAUAUGGCUUACCAAACCACUCUUCUACUAGUGAUUUUAAAGAUGCCUGUUUCUAUUCUUCAAAUGAUCCAAUUGUUAUUAUUGAAAAUCAAAAAAAAAUUGACGGCCAAACUACUGCAUUAUAGAUUUAAUUUCCACUAAAAGUUUAUGAAAUUAUUCAUAUUAUAAUAGUAUGGCUAUGGUAGAUUUAAUAAAACUAUUAUUUUAAGAGAAUUUUUAUUAUAAUUAUAUUGAGUAGAUUUAUUCUUACAAUAGUUCAUUAAAAUUAAAAUUGUUUUUAGAAAUAUUUUUAAAAAAAGAGAGAAAUCUAUCAAAUAUAUUAUAAAUAUAAGUAAUCAUAUAUACAAAAUGUAUGUAAUAAUUUAUUUAUCAAAUACCUGAUUAAAACAUUUUUUUUUUAAA